AACAUUGGAGUAAUCCACAUAGUUCGCACUUCCGCCACAUGCUAAACUCAAGAAUUCUGACAAAAGCAGCAAGGGAAACAGAUUAGUAAGGUAGUCUUUACAACACGUGACGCCCCACCCCACCUAUGACCUACCCACCACCCACCCUCUACAAAAGAGAGCACUUUUUCAUGAGAGAGCCCAUCAUUACGGCCCCUGUUCUUCAAUGGCUAAGGUUUACACUCUUGCUGAGGUUUCAGAGCACAACAACAGCAAGGAUUGCUGGCUUGUCGUUGGAGGAAAGGUCUACGACGUGACCAAAUUCUUGGAUGAUCAUCCCGGUGGUGAUGACAUUUUAAUAAACGCGACAGGGAAGGAUGCAACCGAGGAUUUUGAUGAUAUCAGGCACAGCCCCAGCGCUAUGACGAAGAUGGAAGAGUUCCUCGUUGGUGAGAUUGACGUGUACACAAUCCCCGCCAAGAAGGCGUACGCCCCUCCCAAGCAGCCUCAUUACAAUCAGGACAAGACACCAGAGUUCAUCGUCAAGCUCCUCCAGUUCUUAGUCCCUUUCGUCAUCUUGGGCUUGGCUGUUGCCUUCCGUUUAUAUGCCAAAUCCGAGGCCUAGGUUUCAUGUUGAAUCUUCGUCUCGGAUAAGGUUCUUGAGCUUAGUUUAUGUAAUCUUGAGAGAGGGGUGUUUGCUUUUGUGGUUAUUGAGGGGAAUGUUUGUUCUAUGCCAAAGUUUAUUCUUGAAGGAA